CCUCCACUUUCUCUUGUAUUCAUUUUGAUUCUCAUCUCCACAAUAAUAACGGCUAUAGGGUCGCCUCUCACUUCAAUUCCCAUUACCACUCCAAACACAACCCAAAUAUAUAAUCUAAAACAUUACAAUUUUCAACCAAAAUUGAUUGCUCACUAAAAUGAGUCGGUGUGUUCCUAGUUGGGAUCUGGAUGACAAUCCACGCCACUCCUUUCGUUUCAACUCAAAUUCCACUUCCCCCGAUGUUCCCAUGUUAGAUUAUCAAGUGACAGAGUUAACAUGGGAGAAUGGGCAACUAGCCAUGCACAGCUUAGGUCCGCCACACCUUCUGCCCAAGCCACUAAACUCUACUACUUGUGAUAAACCCCUAGCUGGUGGCACUUUGGAGUCCAUAGUGAACCUGGCCACUUGCUUUCCGUAUCGUGAGCCUUCUCUCGAUGGUGGCGCAGAAGAACUCGUACCCUGGUUGGACCACCACCGGGGUGUGGCUUCAUCCGCCACCAUGACUAUGGAUGCUUUGGUCCCUUGCUCCAACAAGUCAGAGGACCGGACCACGCAUGUGAUGGAAUCUAUGCCGGGGCUUGGUGGAACAUGCGUGGUGGGAUGCUCCACUAGGGUGGGAUGCUCCACUAGGGUGGGAUCCUGCAAUGGGACGGUUAAUCCCCAAGACGACGAGGUAGUACUCCUCAAGGGGAAACGAACGAGGGCGGCGCGUGUUCCUGUAGGAGCCGAGUGGUGCAGCAAGGAGAAAAGUGCAAGCGCCAAUGACAGAUUCGGAAGAGAUAGCCAAUACAUGAUCGUUAACACAUAUGAGAAAGACAUUCGUGUGGGUUUCACCUCGAUUUCCAACACAAGCUCUGCGAGACACUAUAAUAAUACCAAGGCCACAACAGCCGAUGACCAUGAUUCUGUCUCUCACAGUAAAACCCAGGAGGAGGCAAGUGAGGAAGACAGGAAAGAAACUGGAAAAUCUUCAGUUUCAACAAAAGGGAGUAGAGUUGCUGCUAUCCAUAACCAAUCUGAACGUAAAAGAAGAGAUAAGAUAAAUCAAAGGAUUAAAACCUUACAGAAACUGGUACCGAAUUCAAGCAAGACCGACAAAGCUUCGAUGCUAGACGAAGUGAUUGAAUACCUUAAGCAAUUACAAGCACAAGUUCAAAUGAUGAAUAGGAUGAACUUGCCACCAAUGAUGUUGCCGAUGGCAAUGCAACGGCAACUCCAAAUGUCAAUGAUGUCGCAGAUGGGGAUGGGGAUGGGUAUGAACAACAUGGGCCGACCAAACAUCAUCGGCAUCUCUCCUGUUCUGCCUAAUCCUUUCAUGACCAUGGCUUCUUAUGUUGGCUCUAAUGACCGCUUACAACCUGUCUCACCCGCUGUAGUGCCGGACCCUCUUUCGCAAUUCCUCGCCUGCCAAUCACAGUUGCAGCCGAAUGGCCGCCAUGUUUCAGCAGAUGCAACAACCUCCGGCUUCUAGUACAAAGAGUUAAAGCUUGGUGCCUUACUGUUAGUUGCGUUUUUAUACACAAAAAAACCUGAACGUGGGUCGUAAUUCUUUCAGUAGCACAGGGUUCUCGUAUGAUCGAGUUCAUAAUGCUUAUGUGGCUGCAAAUUUUUCUCUUAGAAUUUGUAAUAUCAUUGGCCAACAGCUUCUGAUCUUCCCCUUUCCUCGGACUUAUAAAAUAUGACGGUUCAGGGUUUCAA